GGUUUCCCGAGAAUGGUUUUGAACAAACACAGAUUAAAAACUUUUCAAUUCAAAUCUUGAGGUAUUUUGAUCAUUAAAACGACAACGCGGUGUAUAUAGAGUCAAUAUUUUGAUCCUCUAACUUCAGUCGCUUUCCAGCGAGAAUGCAAACCGAAUUCUUUAGGCUCAGCAAAUUAAACUCCAGCUGAAAUAUAUCAUGGAUUCUUUUGGAUCAUCAGGCAUGUCAGGGGGUGGGAAAAUGGAUAGCGCUAAAAAGGGUCAGAUGAUGGAAGAAGUCAGGGCACAAAUCGCAUUAGCAAAUGCCCAAGAAUUAUUACAGAAAAUGACUGAUAAAUGCUUCAAGAAGUGUGUGAAUAAGCCAGGAACAACAUUAGAUAACUCAGAACAGAAAUGCAUAGCGAUGUGUAUGGAUAGAUACAUGGACUCCUGGAACACCGUCUCAAAGGCAUAUAACAUGAGACUCCAGCGGGAGCACAAUAAACUCUCAUAACGUCCAGGCCUUUAGAUAGUUAGUUUUGUACAUGAGUUCGUCCUACAGUGAUUUUCAGAUGUGAUGGCCUGCAGUAUGAACAGUGUGAUCGGUGAUUGACGAGAUUGACAAGUAGAAUCACAAUUUUUAAUUUGCGGAGCCAGAAGGAUGCUAUGACUCGACAUCAAACGGUUGGCCGAUAUGCUUCCCACAAGAAAAGCCUAUAUGCUGACGAUAUAGUAAAGUCAUUCUUUCAUGUAAUGAAAUGUUUUAAUGCCCUACUGUCUCUCAUUAGUCAUGUUUGGUUUGUGAAAGAUGGUCAUCAGUAUUGAUAUCAGGCGAAUGUUUCAUAAAGCUGUUUGUAAACCUUUUUAUAACUUUGCGCAUGACUGGAACAUGUUCCCUGUAGGUGCUAAAUCCACUAUUAGCACAAGAAAGGGUCACCAGUCAUGUGUAAAUUGAUUUAUAAGUGGUUUACUUUCGAUUGGUCUAACGCCAAUUAGUCCAAUUGCCAACUCGUCUACUAGCGUUUGGUCUACCAUCAUUUCGUCCACUAUACACAUGGUCUAAUUGCCAUUUCAUCCUCUCACUAUUUCGUGUAAUAACCAGUUGGUCCAAUAGCCAUUUAGUCCAUACAUUUGUUCUAAUAAGACCAAGUGUUAAUUGGGCGAAAUGAAUGAAAAUAAAAUAGGUAUUAGACCAACUGGUUAUGAGAUGAAAUGGUCAUAGGCAAACUGUUGAUUAGAUGAAGUGAUGAUUGGACCAAAUGGUUGAUAGACGAAAUGUUGAUGGAUGGAAUGGCAUUAGACUAUAUGAAGUUAGACCAUAUGAUGAGUGGACAAGUUGGCAAUAGACGCAUUGGCAAUACCUUAUAUGUCAAUAAGUUACAAAUAGCUUUAUGAAACACAAUCUUUACAUUACUUCCAACAGUGUGUUGACCGCACUCCAAUUAACAUAUUUAGUUUCACUAGUAAACAUGUUAUGAUAUCAUGAGGUGAAAGAGCGAUCUAAUUCUCGAAACAGGCCAAACUUGAGAUCGAGUUAUGUAAAAUGGAAAGGAAAGCUAGUACAUGUACUAGUAGCCAGAUUGUAUGAGUUAAGCCCCUUUCACAAUUGACGUACGACCACUUGAGACCUUUUGGUCGUGCGACAGGCUGCAACAGGCAUCAAUCGCCAGUCAUCUCAUAAUAUCGCACAGAGGCUUUCACAGUUGCAACAGCUGUCGUACAACAAAAACAACCAGUAAAACCCGUUGCACGAGUAAGUCGCUUAUGAUCCUAUUGUGCUCGUGCGAUCACAUGCGAGUGUUGCACGAAAGAUUGCGAGGGGAACGGUCGCACACAAUGGUAGUGCAAUGUUGUAAGCCGUUGCGAUCGGUCUUGCAACAGUCUUAUGGCCCAUCAUAUUAUCGCACCCAGUCGCAAGACAGGUCUCUGUACAUGUAGGUCGCUAGCACAUGUGCAAGUGUUGUACGACCUCCAGUCGAGUAAAUGCGACUACUUAGUUGUGCCACCUCUCGCACCAAGUCGUGCAACGUUGAACAACACUCCCACCAUGAUCGCCCGACCGAUGGUACGACCCCGGAUACGAGCUGAUGCGAGUGAAUCGGUCGUAUUUGAUCGCGUUCGGAUUUUGAACAUGUUCAAAGUUCAGAUGUGACCAGUCACGACCACCUCGAGUUCGUGCGACCGUCUACAACGACUGCGAGUGCUCGCAAGUCACCAAGAGAUCGAUCGUGCAACAGCAGGAAAAAACUGUUGCAGGCGGUCAUAAACUGGUCGGAUGUUAAUUGUGAAAGGGGCUGUACGGUCGCAUACAUGCGAAUGCAAUGGUAGUGGAAUGUUGUAAGCCGUAAUUUCGAUCGGUCUUGCAACAGUCUUAUAUUAUCGCAACCAGUCGCAAGACUGGUCUCUGUAGGUAUCUAGCGCACGUGCAAGUGUUGUACGACCUCCAGGCGACUAAAUGCGACUAUACGUAGUUGUGUCACCUCUCGCACCAAGUCGUACAACGUUGAACAACACUCACACGAUGAUCGCCCGACCGAUGGUACGACCUGAUGCGAGUAAAUCAAUCGUAUUUGAUCGCGUUUGGAUUUUGAACAUGUUCAAAUUCAGAUGCGACCAGUCACGACCACCUCCGACCACCUCAAAUUCGUGCGUUCGUCUACAACCACUGCGAGUGCUCGCAAGACACCAAGAGAUCGAUCGUGCAACAACAAGAAAAAACUGUUGCAGGCGGUCGUAAACAGGUCGUACGUCAAUUGUGAAAGGGGCUUUAUUUAGAGUGAGGUCAACUCUGGCAGAGUUGACUGAAAGGUUUUACAAAAAUUAAAUCUAAUCAGAAUAUACUAGUAAGUAAUGGUACCAUGUUUUCAGAUUGAAAUGUUUGUUCAAUACUUCUUUAACUGCAAGACUUCAAUAUUUUUAAAGGAUAUAGUUUAAAUUGUUGAUUGAUCAUCGUUUCUUCUAUAAUAUUAUGCAGCAUUGAUCGAUUAAAGGUAAAUUUGAAGUUGGUUUGGUGGUGAAACUUCCAUUGAAUUGAUGUGUUUAGUGUAUCAUGUGAAACUUCUGUUCUCACAUCUGAUCCAUACCCCCAUUAUAUGAUGGGUACAUUGUAUCUGAAAUAUUGAGGCGUUCCAAUGUGUGUUCUCUGUACCAGCUACCCUACAUCUAUAUUCAUAAGUGACAUAGUUGGAAUUUCAUAAUUUACAGAUUUAUCAAAUUUAUCUCUCCAUGUCUGUCAUGCCCUAAUGCUAAUCUGCUGUAAACCCUUCACUGGGUCUAAAUGUGCAGCCUAUAAUGCCUUGUGUAUUGGAGGCCCUCUAAUUGAAACAGCAAGUUUUUGUAUGUGCUAGUCAUUGCAUGGAGACCCACUUGUUGAUCAAUGUUUUAAUCAGGGUCUGUGCCAGCAGACUAAUCAUGCCAUACUUUGGUACGAUUAAACCUCAUUCAGACUUGCAACAAAACUGAGCAACACUUUGUGAUAAAAUCAAUGGGAUAUGAAAACUUGUGAAUUGGUGACAUAAAUCCUAUUCAAAUUUAAUUGGCCAAAAUUCAUCACAUGACCAGUCAUUUAUUUUUGCUAACAUCAGAAUUUUUUUUAACAACUGGGACUAAAGGCCAAUUCUGUUGGCUGAAUGGUUUUGGUUUUGAUAUGAGAAGGGUUUAUCUUUUGUUUUUCCCCUAUCUUAUAAAUUAUAAUGAAUAUCAUUUUUCUGGGGUAUUACAUUAAUUACACACUUGUUACCUGUGAAACAGCUCUAAGAGCAUUUUCCAAAGACCUUGUACCAGGCCCACCAGGUGUGCAUAAUUCUUAUGGUAUUCUUACAGUAUAUCUUCUGUCUUUGCCCCAAGGCUACAAAAACUGUCAAUAAUUGCUCAGAUUUUGCAGACAAAAUUACUGGUAGCAUGCUCAUGACAUUGUAAUGAACUCAAAUAUUUUGUUAAUAGUUUAUAUUUGCAACAAUUUUAAGAUUUGAAUUGUGUAAUAUGUGUCAAUUAGCGUCAGGGAGGUGAUUUAUCUCGCCAUACCCGAACACUGAAAAAUGUUGCUAUGCUUUGUUUCAACAUAUCUACAUGAAUAUUUAGUUUGAUCAAUUCAUUUUAGAUUAUUCCCAGAGGAGGUGAAUCACGCCCUUUCUCUCGCAUCUUAUCACUUGUGUAGGAACCAAACUGACAUUGUGAAUUGAAUUCACCAAAUUUGUAUAUUAAAAAGAAAAUUUAAAUUAUG